AUGGCAAGUCAAUCCGCCCUGCCAUUGCAGGGCAAGACUGCUAUCGUUACAGGUGGAUCUCGGGGGCUUGGUGAAGGGAUGAGCCUCGAGCUUGCAAGUAGAGGAGCCGAUGUAAUUAUCAUACACUCCUCUCCAAGCUCCAAUCCAGCUACCACUGGUCUCCAAGGCCGUAUUACAUCUCUUCCUAACAAACCUCGAGUUUUCAGCAUUCAAGCCGGUCUUCGAAGCCCAGAAGCAAUCGAAGAUAUUGCGCCGUCAAUCAAGAAAUGGUUCGAAGCUGAAGGCCGUGAAACAAAAAUCCACAUACUAGUCAACAACGCAGGAUGCGAAGUAGUCAAGCCAUUGGGCUCUAUCACAACUUCUGACUUCGCUUAUGUCUACGACCUCAACGUCCGCGGUGCCCUAUUGAUCACCCAAGCUAUUCUCCCAUACCUCUCCGCCAACGGCCGGAUCAUCAAUAUCAGUUCCGUUGGCAGCCGAGCCGGAUUCAAGGAAUUGGGUUUAUACUGCUCUAGUAAGGCUGCUUUGGAAGGUCUGACACGAUGCUGGGCUGCGGAAUUGGGUAAGAAUGGGACGACGGUCAAUGCGGUGAACCCUGGUCCGGUACAGUCCGAGAUGCUGGAUAAUAUACCAAAGGAUAUAGUGGAUAUGCAGAAGGCACAAACCCCAUUGCAAAAUAGAGUUGGGACUGUGGAGGAAGUGGCGGCGGUUGUUUGUUGGCUGGCAGGUGAGGACAGUCGGUGGGUGACAGGUCAGACGAUCAAUGCGAGCGGUGGGUGGACAAUGUAUUGA